UGGCUAUAUAGUGUACUUCCUGCUUGCAUUCUGAUUCCCUGAGCAAACGAUAAGACCUACAAGAGACCUCUCUACUUUCUGAAGCCUCUUCCUGUUGACCCAAAUUUCUCCUGUGGGCAAAAGGUAAGAGUUCAUCUAUAAAAAAAAAAACUCAAAAAACCCCACACACAACUGUGGCGUCAUAUCUGGGAAGACAAAGUAUAAAAUGGGGCUCAUUCUUCAGAAGCAGUGCAAGCAGUUAAAAAAGGUGCCCAAUGUGGUCUUAAUGGGCCUGGACUCGGCUGGGAAAUCCACUCUGCUCUACAGGCUCUCCCGAGGGGCCAUCAUGAGCACUUCGCCUACCGUAGGCUUCAACGUGGUCACCCUGGAGCUGAAGAAGACGAUGAUUCUAACCGUUUGGGAUGUAGGUGGCCAGCAGUGUCUGAGGCCUAACUGGAGAUACUAUCUGGAGGGAUGCAAGGCACUGGUGUUCGUGGUGGACGCCAGUGACAGGACUCGCAUGGAGGAAGCAAAGAUGGCUCUGAAUACCAUUUUAAGCGACCACAACCUGGAAGCGGUUCCGAUGAUGGUGUUGGCUAAUAAAUCAGACCUACCAAACUCAAUGACUUUAAAUGAGGUGUGUGAACAGCUGGAUUUAGCGAGCUGCACUGACAGGAUUUGGGAGAUCCAGGCAUGCAGUGCUUUUAAAGGACUGGGAUUGCAGCAGGCUUUCCUGUCUGUAGCCAAAAUGAUUCAGGAGCAAUGAGGGAAGAUGGCAUCAAUGGGUAUGACCAAUACUCAAGUAUAACAGAGUUUUUGGUACAACAAGAAUUCUAGCUAAAGACUGAAAGCCAGUGAGAAGGAAAAGAGAACGUGGUAUUAACACUGAAAAGAGGGUAGAUGACUGAAUGAGUGCCAAAUCACAUACGCUGGUUCUUGAUGAACUAUAAAAAGGGGAAGUCUAAACAACAAGGAAGUUUCAAAGACAUUUUUUAACCGAUUGAGAAACGACACCAAAGACAUGCAUUACAAGAGUAUCACAUUUAUUUCAAUUAUUUGCUUAUGAUGUACAGAAAUGCAUAAAUUAAUCCACAAUACUAAAAGCUAGGUGAUUUAACUAUAGUAUGCUUGACUGUGUCAAUACAAAUAUUGUGUAUCAUAAAAUAUAACAAAAUUCUCCUCA